AUUUAUUAUCUAUGUUCUACUGUCAAGUCUUGAGUGAUGACGUUUCUUUGAGGCAGUGGUGAAAACAUCGAUUUAUAAAAAAUAGAAAAUUACGGCAAUCACCAAAGGAAGUCUUUGUUUUAAUUAUUGACACUUUCUUUUAAUAAUUGAAAAAUCAAGAUGACAUCAGGACCGUACAAUUAUUCUUAUAUAUUCAAAUAUAUAAUAAUUGGAGAUAUGGGAGUUGGCAAAUCAUGCCUGCUGCAUCAGUUCACAGAGAAAAAAUUUAUGGCUGACUGCCCACAUACAAUUGGUGUUGAGUUUGGCACCCGGAUAAUUGAAGUAGCGGGACAAAAAAUCAAAUUACAAAUAUGGGACACAGCUGGACAAGAGAGGUUCAGAGCUGUCACUCGCUCUUAUUACAGAGGAGCUGCUGGGGCACUAAUGGUGUAUGAUAUAACGAGAAGGUCCACUUACAAUCAUUUGAGCAGCUGGCUAACGGACACACGUAAUUUGACCAACCCAAGCACUGUGAUAUUCUUGAUCGGCAACAAGUCCGACUUGGACGGCCAGAGAGACGUAACAUAUGAGGAAGCCAAACAAUUUGCUGAUGAAAAUGGCCUCAUGUUUGUAGAAGCAAGUGCCAAAACUGGCCAGAACGUGGAGGAGGCAUUCUUGGAGACCGCUAAAAAGAUAUAUCAGAGUAUUCAAGACGGCAGGCUGGACUUGAACGCCGCGGAGUCGGGUGUGCAGCACAAGCCCGCGUCGCCGGGCCGCCCGCUAGCCGCGCCGCCCGCUGCCAAGGACAACUGCGCCUGCUAACUGGCCACGAGCGACUGGGUCACAAACGUUCGGGAAAACCGGCGUCUUUUCUGCGGACAUUACGAAAGUUAACGGUUUGCGUAACUACAUAUUUUCUAAGACAUUCACCUUACAAAUUUUGAAAAGUAGGUUUUAAGAUGCCUAUGAGGUAAACUACGAAAAGUAGGCUUUAAAGUCCGUUUAUUUUAUGAUAUCUACAGGAAAGACGCUUAGCCUCAACUCAUACUAAAAGUUUUUGACCCGUGUACUCGUGACACGGCCACGGCCCGGAACGCACUCUUCGACAAUCCCGACAAGGCUAGUUUGCUUGGUGUGAAAUCGACUUCUCUUUAUGAAACGUCCAAAAACUUAAGGCGCCACUAGAAACAAAAAUUAAACCUCCGCUAAAAGUUUUAGCUAUAGCGCCCGCCCGGCUUCGCACGGGUUAACAAAUUAGACAUCUAAACCUUCCUCAAGAAUCGCUGUAUUCAUAGGUGAAAACCACAUGAAAAUCCGUUUAGUAGUUUUUGAGUUUAUCGCGAACAAAUACACAAACAGAAACGCGGCGGGGGACUUUGUUUUAUAAGGUAUAGUGAUAAUAUAUAGUCAGUGGAUGCGCAAAGUAUGCGUCCAUGUAUUUUUUGUGAAAUUGAUUUCAAAUUGGCUAGCCUAUUUUUAAAGAUUACCACAACAUAGUCAUUUGGUACUGAUUGACAAUACUUUUAUAACUGAGCAAUCUGAUUUUAAUAAUUAUUUUGAUUAAAGUUCCUUUCAAACAGAAAUAUUGUGGUAGAAUCUGGGUAGAAAAUUCUGGUUUUUGUAUGGGAGUGUCGUAUCUGUUCUAGUAUUAUGUAAUAUGUGUCACGAGUGGCAGCCAGUGGGUACAUCUCCACACUUUAGUGUGCACUAAUGCUUUCGGGAUAUCAUACUUUAAUCGAUAAGUUAACUAGAGUAUUUAAAAUAA